ACUCUCGACCAGAAAAAAUUCCAAGAAAAGAUAAUGCAAAAACUUAAGAUAAGCAGAAAGAUACGUCAGCAGACAAAUUCCCUUUUGCUGUCUCUAUAUAUGUAUAUGUCAACUAAUUAAAUUGAUUGGUGCAUGGCAUAGGGACAGAUAUAUAGAGAUAGAAAGACAUAUAGUGAUGGAAUGUCGUAAAUAAAGCAUAUAUGGCCCUGAUAAUUAAAAAAAGUGUGACAUAGUAUGGAUGGAGAGAUAUGUACCACCAAAAUUUUCCUGAUAAAUGAUACGAUAUCAAGCCAAAUGUAGAGGUGCUAGGCUGGAGUAGGGAUGACAAUGCUCGAGUUGGAUGAGGGUUUUUUAAACUCAAAACCAACUCAACCAACUCAACUGGUCUACUUAUUAAAAAAUUCGGUAAAAUAAUCAUUAGAUUUUAGAAGUGACGGUCAAACUAGGUGUCGGGCCAAUUGAGUGUAUAUGUUACAUAGUUGAGGGCAGGAUGUUAAUUUCUGAAACCACGUGCCAAAGUUGAUUAUAUAGUCAUAGUUCAGCCCAAAAUAAGGUAUUAACCCUAAGGGUAUCAUAUAGUUAAGUGUGGGCCUUCUUGAGCCAUAGCUCAUAUUCUAUAGCACCAAUGAUCUAGUAAUCAAGCAUGCAUACAUGAAAUGCUUGUCAAUCAAUCCAUACAUGCAUGUGAUAUAAAAAAGGUAGUUUCUUAACAAUCUCAAUGAUAUUAUCAACGAUAGCCAUAAUAGCAUACAAUAGAUUCAUAAGCAUCGAAAAAAACAUAAGAUGAUAUAAGCAUCAAUGAUACAAACAACAUCUAGUGAAACUAGCAUCUUAUUCAAUCAUUCAAAGAUACAUGAGCAUCAUAUAAUUCACAUCUCUCAACAAUCUCGAGUUAGCACACCAAUAAGGAGAGAGAAGGUAUCACUAGUAACGGUAUCCUCCUUAAGAGCUUCAAUGCUUACUUGGAGAGCUAACCCGUGCCGCAUGGGCUGAGCAUGUAAAGGGGUGCAUCUAAUAGCUCUAGGCCUCUUAUUUAUGAGGGUUUCUAGUAUUUUCCUCGUAAAGUAGGCCAAAACCUUCCUUUUACGAUUUAAAGUCGGAUUCCUUUGACUUGAGGAUCAAGUAAUUUGUUGAGGAAGUUUCAUUUAGGGCUUGGGCCAAGCGGAGAUAGUGCGGCGGUAGUACCCCGUUGUAAGGUUUUUUUUCCCCUCCAAAUUGGAUUAUUUUUGGUGGGAAACUUCCUCUUUGGCUCAUUGGGCUGCUCCUCAAGUUUCACCUCGUUUGGACAUCAUUCAACCCGUAUGCUCUUCUAACUACUAUCAUCUGGUCCAUAACAUGAGCUUCUGGUGUCAGAAUCUAUCUUCAUUUGAGCCAAUGAGCUUGUCUUCUCAACCUCCUUCUGAUCCAUUGGGUCCCUUGGUGCCCCAUAUUGACAUCAAAUCAUAUAAAACACACUCAAGGUUUAUCAUAAGCUCAUUAUAAUCAAAUAGUUAUGAAUUCCAUAUGAAAUAUAAUCAAAUCCACUAAAAAUGCACUGAUAGAAGAGGAAAAUAUAAUCAAAUAUGAGAAAAUAUAUCAAAUCAUAUAAUCCACUAAUGAUCCAGAUAGUCUUAUUCAAGUCACAUCAACCUUUAAUAAUAUUUAUUAUUUAACCAUUUUAAAAAAAAAAUUAUUUAGGUAAGAUGGGACAAAAUGAGGCCCCAAAAACGAAUUCAAAUCAUACCCAACAGAAUCAACUUUAUUUCACAGAGGAGUUUUCCGAAACAGAAAUGUAUGUGGGGGAACAGUAGGUUGCCACAAACCAUCUAGCAGCUGCGGGUGUCAGUCAGUCAGUCAGUCAGUCAGUCCGUCGUCGGUCAUGGUUUUCCGAACAUUAUACCACAAAACUGUCAGAAAGAGAAAGACAUAUGGACGGACGGACAUGGAGAUUGAGGACAGAGACAGAUUUUGGCUUGGAUUUCCGAGUCCCCGCCCAAAGACAGACUGCUAUUCUUACCCUAGCUUACUCCUCCUCCUUUCCUCUUUUCAUUCUCCCUCUCUUUUCAUAUAUUAUAUAUUCAUGCUGUCUUUUGCAUGAGAUUGCGGAAAUGGAGAUAUGGGGGCUUGUAAUUUCUUUGUUCCUUUCUCUCUCUUAGGUAUGUUAUGUCUGUCUUUAUUGGAAUAUGGAAAACAAAUCAUUGCCGUGGGAGAGAGUGGGAGGGAAGCACAAGAGAUAAUUUGCAACAUCAUUACACAGACAUUGUCUGAAACCCUAAAAUCAUUAUGAAGACUAUGGCAAUUAGCGGGGAUUCCCAUACCAUGUAAUACUCACCAUAAUCCCCCAAUUUUGGGAUAAACCCCAAAAUCAUUAUGAAGGCUUGGGCAGCUAGUGGUAACACAUGCAGUAAGCCUUUUACCCGAUUCGGUUAUAGUUAACCGGUAAUCGAUUAGUCAUUAUCCAUAAAAAUGCUUGUCGCGACAUCCGAAAUUAUGGAUGUUAUCGCUAAACCGAUUAUGGUACGUUCGGUUAUUAUUUAAUCUGCUAACUAGAAACUGGAUUGUGCAUAAUCUGCUAACGAGGCUUUUGAUUUUGUAUAUUCUUUAUCUAUAUGCCACCCAAAAGAGGCAAGCCACCUUCCCUUCCAGGUCUAGCGAGGAAAGUCUGUAGUAUGGUAUUUUUUUUUUACUAACUCCGUAGUUUAGACGUGGUUCAUUAAUUAAUUUCUCAGUGCUAAAACCGCCUAUCAAUUUGAGAUCCCGUAUCUGAUAUUUUUCGAUAUACCGUUUCUAAAACAUUGGUCUAAUUAAAAGGGAGAAUUGAGGUGGAUGGAAAAGUGAAAAAAAUGGGCUACUACGUACCUCUGUCAAGUUGAAGCACGAGGCGCAACAGCUGACAUGAACAUUUUAACAGACUAGGAUUCGUUUUUUGGUUGUGAGAGUGGCAGAGCUUUUUUUUUUUUUAUGGUGUUGGCAAGGGGAAGAAGAUUGUUUGAAAUAACAAGGCCGGGGAUGGAAGGAAAGGGAAGAGGCCGGGUGCCUCCUUUAUUCCUUCUUGGUAAACAGCUGCUGCUGCGUUGCAUUGGUAGUAUCAAAAAGCCAAAUCCCAUCCUUCUCAAAUUAAGAUUCCUUUCUUUCAACGUGACCAAUCUCAGUCCCCACUCCAUUCCUAUGCCUAUUCCCCACCACCACAUUACAGUUAACAACAACUGAUUUUAUUUUAUUUUAUGUAUCCAUUAGUCCCUAUGGAGGGAAUUUCAACAACUACAAAAAGAGAGAAUAGUAAGACACUUUGGUAAUUAAAAUACUUGUUAGAAGUUUAAUUAGAUCAUCUGGAAUAUUGAUGAUGAUUUGAUAUCGCUGAUCAACAAAUAUAUGCUGUUAAGAUACAACUAGUCUAGAGUAUAAGUUGAGGUUGUACCAUACGCAUGUAAAUAGGAGUCUUUCUUGCUAUGCUAUAAAGAAUUGGUGCUUUAAUGUACAGGUUAAAAUUGUACCAUAAUGUUAAAUGUAUAAGUUGAGGUUGUACCAUACAGGAAUUUAUACAUUUAUGGUAUGAUACAACUUAUAGUUGUCAAUCGCAUUAUAAAGGUACAAGUUCCAGUUGUAUCGUAAAAGAACUUGUACACAAUAGUAUAGCUACAAUAUGAAAUUGUACCAUAACGUUAAAGGUACAAUUUCAGGUUGUAGCAUAAAAGCAAAAACCUAUAUCACCAAUGCUAUAUAACAUUGUAAAAUUACUAUGUAAGUAGAUACAAAUAAUCUUUGAAUUUUUUGUGGGUAAAAAUUAAUUAUUUUCCAUUAUAGUCUAUGUCCAGAUACAUGGACACGGAAAUAUAGUUUUUCUCACCGUCAUUAAUUGUAUUAAUGUGAGCUUUCCCUUUUAUAUUACAUGAUUUUGAUAGAAAGAAAGCAAUCCGAAUAUGAUGCUCACACGCGCUAACCGAAAUAAGGAUCUUAUAUGAGCCUGAUGUCAUUGGAUCGGGCACAAGCAAUCUGCAAUCAUUGGAUGAAUCCGUUGUCGUCCUCUGGUUUGUCAUGGUUGCAUCCGUUGUCGGCUUCCUCUCUUUGUUUCAGCUAUGAACAAUCCUGUAUAGUCCUGUCUACCGCCAUGUAAUCUCUUCGGUGAUUCACUGUGAUGGGUCGUCUUCGAACAACUCUCAGGAGGCGGCAUAUGGUGUUGCAAUGUUCAAUCAUCAUGGUCAAUUCUGUAUUGGAUGAGCUGAAGCUUUAAUUUGAGUUUAUCUGAUAGAUGAGGUUACAAAGAGUGAUUCAUAUGCUUUGGUUUGCGGCUCGAGGAUGGAAUGCCCUUGUCUAGUUGGAUCAUGCUUGGCUUUCUCUUGUUCUGAUCUUUUCCUCGUUGGUUUGUGUGAUCCUCUGGAUGUUUGAGGCUGUUCUUUCUUGGUUUGAUUUCUCAUGUUGUAUCCCCUCUUUGUAACCGAUUUUAUUGGUUGAGCAAUAUAAGUGAACCCUUUUUCAAAAAAAGAUGGAUGCUAAUGAUGACGAUAUCGUAAAUAAAUUAUCAACACAUCCAUCCGAAUAAUAUGGAGUUGGGUUGGGGAAUAGGGUUGAGGUCAAGUCGUUUCCGUUAUAUAGUGAGUCAGAGUCCAAGCUGUGAAAGCAAAGCAAGGCCUUGCCUGCCUGCCUGCACAAGGAAGGAAGAGAAACGGAAUUUGGGGAAUGAAGAAGAGCACCACUGCACCAGCUUUGAUGUAUGCACGCGUCAUUGGAGCGCGUGUUCAGUGGUGGUUCAAUUCAGCAGGAGGAUGAAUUAAUGAUAAGGAGCGCGCCUCUGCGUCUACGUACGUACGUAAUAAGCCUUUAUUUUUCGUUGGUGACAAGUGGGGCCCAGGAAUGCUGACAAAACACAACUUUGUCUCCUAGUGAAUCGCGCCCUAGCAAAAGCAAACACUCUCCAGUCUCCCCAGUCGCCGGUCAGCAUUUAUCGAAUUCCAUGAAUUCAGUUUAGCCUGUCUCUAUGUCUGUCCGUCUCAACUAAUCACACAGACCUUAAUUAAUUAAUUUAUUAAUUAUCAACUGCACAAAAGAAAAAAGAGGCAUGCCAAAGAUCGGUUUGUUCGCGACAACUAUUCGAUUCUGUUCUUUGAUCUGGUUCUCGGAGGGUUGGGAUUUUUUUUAGUCUUUUCAUGACACUGAUCACUAUUUUUAGGUACGUACUCAUGUUAGUUUAAUUGCGUUGCAUUAAUCAUUAGUACAGAUCUGUCUGUCUCUGUCGCCUAUUAAUUAAAUCAUUACUACUACUACUACUCGAAACUCGAUUAGUGUCGAUCCAUAUAUAAUAAUGAUUGUCCUCAUCCUCAUCUACCAAAUCUUUCUUCAUGCAUAUCGAUAUAUAGAUAUAUAGAUGCACUCAAUUUGAUUAGUAUAAUAAUAAUUAAUAACCAUGCAAUAUUUUGGUGGAUCUCCUGGGAGUCGGUCGGUUGGAAGUCACUAAACACUAGUGGAUCGCACUCUCUAACAUAUUCCAUACAUUCUUUCUCUCUUCCUUUCUUUAGAAUACCUAGGAUAAUUUUACAGCAUUCUAUAUAUGGUACUCAAAAAUAAAUAUUGUAUAUUAUAUAUCUUUUUUUUUAUGUAGCUGUUAAAUUAACUGGAGUUUUGGGUAUGAUAGUAUGCAUGUCAUAACCCUUAAUGAGCAAACUCUAACUUCCAAUUCUCUAACCCGAAAGCCAUAAGAUGGUGCAUUUAGUAUGUUGAAUGUUUCGACGAAACAAAAUUGUAGAUUACUCUUUCUGAUAAAAUUAAUCUUAGGUUACAUGACUUUUUGAAUGAUGACCUAUGUUUUGCUCAUCGGGGUUUACAGUGGGUACCAUACCUUGAACUCCAGUUACCUCAAGAUUUAGAUAACAUUUUCUUACUUAGUGUAUGUGAUACUCUCAUAUUUACCUUAGGUACUGUAGAACUCUCCAUAUAUAUAAUUAUGUUACAUAAGCAACUCCUAUCACACAACUAUACAAGGGUUUCGAUAGCUGCACUGAUCUUGUCCUUAGCUGCACUUAGAAUAUGUUUGACAGCAUAAAAAAAAUAGUCAUUUUAUUCCAACUAAACUAUCGAGUCACUUUCACAUGAUCGCUCUCCACGAGUCAUUUGCAAAUGAUUCAUGUUUUCUCCACGACUUUCCUAUCAUAACUCCGUCCUUUUUCAGAAUCCCAAUACUAACCUUCUCUAUAUUUAGCAAUGCAUACGUUUAACCAAAUGACUCAUUUUAGAAAUACAAUCAAGUAAGUGAC